AUGGCUACCCACGGCAUUACCAUUCAACUCCAUUCCUGCCCUGAUACCAUCAAGGAAGAUGGACAAGUUCAACCCUUCAAUAAGAGGCAAAACUACAAGGAGCUGAAGCAAGAAUGCCUCCAAAAGAAAUGCCUCUUUGAAGACCCCGAAUUCGAAGCCUCUCUACAAUCACUUGGAUACGAUAUCCGGAACCCUGAUACUUGGAGCUACUCAAAGCUAUCUUGGAAGAGACCAGGGGAUAUUGUCACUAUUGGGAGGCCCCACUUCAUCAAUGAAGGAAUGACUCUGCAAGAUGUAAGGCAGUUUGGUCUAGGUGAUUGCUGGUUCAUGGCAGCUGCUGCAUGUCUCACCUUGAAUAAGGAACUCCUGUGCAGGGUGGUCCCUCCAAAUCAAAGUUUUGCAGAGUGGGAUUAUGCAGGCAUCUUUCAUUUCCAGUUCUGGCACUAUGGCAAAUGGGUGGAUGUGGUAGUGGAUGACCGCCUGCCUGUUCUGGAUGGAGAGCUGCACUUUGCAGUUGGAAAUGACAGCCAUGACUUCUGGAUGCCUUUGUUGGAGAAAGCUUAUGCUAAACUUUAUGGUUCCUAUCAUGCCAUAGUCGGUGGAUUCCUGAAUGAAGCCUUUGUAGAUUUAACUGGAGGAAUUGGGAAACGAAUAAUCCUAAGUGAUAUUCAGUCAAAUCGUUUUGAAACCAUCAAGUUUGCACUGGAAAAAAAAUCCUUGCUGGGAGCAAGCGUCCUGGAACUUAAAGAUCAAGAUAGUGGGCUAGGGAGACGCCAUGCUUAUUCCAUCACUGGGGUCUACAAGCUCAACAUAGGUGGCAGAGAGCAGAAAUUGCUGCGCCUACGGAAUCCCUGGGGCGAAACGGAGUGGACACGCAGUUGGAGUGACUGGUCAGACAAAUGGUCCAGCCUGGAUCCUGCAGUCCGGAAUGAACUGAACGUUCAAGAAGAAGAUGGGGAAUUCUGGAUAGAACUGGAUGAUUUUACAACGAAUUUUGCGACUGUGGAUAUCUGUUACUUAAGCAUCAAUUCAUUUGACAAGGAGGGAGUCCAAACGUUUUGGAAAACUACCAAUAUUGAAGGGGCCUGGACCAAGGAAACUUCCGGCGGCAAUACGACUCAAAAAACCUUCUGGAGCAACCCUCGAUUCUUAUUUUCAUUGAGGAAGCCAAAUGACCCAGGAAAGGAAUCUGAACUCCAAAAGUAUAGCUGUGCAAUCUCCUUGGUGCAGAAAAGCCGGGGUACACGCAACCAGAGGAGGAAGCUCUUCUUCUACAUCUUCCAGGAUCUACAGCUGCUGACUACAACCCAAGAUGACCAACUGCUCUCUGGUCUCAGAUAUGCUGAUGAAGCCAGUGAUCAUGAUGGGUCAAGGGCCCUCACACAGAAAUUCCAGCUAACUCCUGGAGAUUACCUCCUCAUCCCUUCCACCGAAUUCGCUGAUGAAGAGGGUGACUUCAUCCUCCGCAUCUUUACUGAGGCAAACCAUGAGUGCUUGUGA